GUUCAGAUUCACCGUCAUCACGGCGUGGUUCUUUUAUCAUCACUGCCAUGAAUUCCACUGAUCUUGUGAGCAACACCCCGAUCUCGCUGAGCGAUGCUUUUGGUGGCCGUGAACGUAAGAGGAAGUUUGGAUCGCGGACCACUGCGCUUGAGACCAUCGAAGACGUCGAUCUCACAGGAAGAACUAUUCUCAUCACUGGAACAACAUCAGGUAUUGGCACAGAAACGGCAAGGGCGCUGGCUUUAAAAGGUGCUCAUGUCAUCAUGGCAAAUAGAAAUAUUGUACUGUCGGAAGCGCUGAAGAAUAGGAUACUUGCUGAAAAGCCUGACGCGAAAAUUGACAUGAUAAUGUGUGACUUAACUUCUCUACAGUCAGUUCAAGCGGCAGCUACUGAGUACAAAAGCAAACAUUGGCCUCUUCACGCUUUGAUUCUCAAUGCAGGGGUAUUCUCUCCUGAUCAGAAAUUGACCAUCGACGGGUUGGAGACCUCAUUUGGUGUAAACCAUGUUGCUCAUCAAUACCUCGUCCGCGAGCUUCUUCCUCUACUGAGGCAGUCCCACGCUAGGGUUGUUGUCGUCUCAUCACAUUCGCAUAACCAUACAGGAGUGAGCUCUACUUUGUAUAUCACUAGUUUAUCUAAUUACUAUGCUUUGUUUAAGUUGAAACCGGAAAUGACCUUAGAGGAAAAAUUGACAAAGCUUUGUCCGACGGAUAGCACAGACUUUGGAUACAGGUUACCAUCCAUAUUUCCUGCUUGUUUAUUCAUGCAUUAUGCAUGCUCUAAGCUUUGCAAUAUUCUAAUGAGUCUGAAGCUUCAUCGAGAUGAAAAUAAGAAUGGGAUUUCAGUGUACGUACUUCAUCCAGGAACUAUGAUUGGUACAGACAUUUCACGAAGCUAUGGAUUUCUCGGGAAAUUUUGGAACGUCGUCUCAAAACCCUUCACAAAAUCUUUGGAACAGGGAGCUGCUACAACGGUCUACUGUGCUGCGUCGCCGGAAGUUUUAUUUGUAAGAACACCUCUGUUAGGGUAUCUUACUUCAUCGGGAUUGGCCGAUUUAAGUCGACCGACCCUUAUGAGCACAAUAUGAAU